AUGGACCCGUCACCCUCCGACGAGAACCCAGAUUACAAGCAGCCGGGCGACCAUGACCUAACCUCUGGAGACGUUGAGAAUGAAACACUUGGUGAUGACUAUUGCUCAGAUUUUGUGAAUAGUCAGUAUUGGCCCGUGCUAGAUUUACCUCCUUUGACCAACGGAUCUACCAGAGGCACAAACGAGGAGAGCUUUCCACAGGGACACCAGGCGGAUGAGAUAUACGAAUAUCCUCCUCGUCACAUUGAGGCUGGCGAUACCGGGCCCCCAGGUACUGGAAGUAAUUUGGAGGGUGUCUCUACAUGGCAGGACAUUGAUAUAUGGAGAAACUUGACAACAAUUCCC